AUGAAGAUUUCCUCUACUGUUGUCGGUGCCCUCCUUGCCGCGGGCUCAGUCUCUGGUGCCAAGCUUCAAGUCUACAAGGAUAAGAACUACAAAAACACCUGCGGGACCUUUACCACCAGCGGCUGGCACAAAUUCAACUGUCUGGCUAGGUCAUACCAUUACCUCUCGGACUGGAAUCAAGUCUGCGUGUUGUUCUGCCGCGACAACAUUUUUAUGGGCUACAGAUGCCAAGACACUGAUCAGCCGGACACCGAGUUCAGCUUCAACAGGAUCAAUAUCUAUGUUGGCAGGCGGCCGAGCUGUUAA